UUCUGACGCCACUUCCUUCCCUCGCCACAAUCAACACAUGGGUGAAAUCUCAAGCCUGAUAUUUCGAUAAUACUUUUGGGUUUAUUUUCAUGUACUGAAGGUUAAAUCGCUAUGGGGAAGAAGAAGGCAGGAGGUGCCGGACUGGGAAAAGCCUUAAUAAAAGAGAGACUGCACGCUGGCCGCGGAUACAGAAGGAAUGAUACUUGGCUCCACACCACUGAGCUUAACGAUGGCUAUGAUUGGGGUCGCCUGAACCUACAGUCCGUAACGGAGCAGAGUUCUCUUGACGAUUUUCUGGCUACUGCUGAAUUAGCAGGGACAGAAUUUGUGGCAGAGAAGCUAAACAUCAAGUUCGUACCAGCCGAAGCAAGGGCUGCCCUUUUAACUCCCGAGGAAGCAAGACGAAUUAAGAAACUACAUGAAGAAAAUAAACAAUUGUUACGCAUUCCUCGCAGGCCAGAGUGGGAUGAAAACACGAGCCCAGAGGUUUUGCAACAAUCUGAACGAGACAGUUUUUUGCGGUGGAGGCGAGAACUGGCAUCGCUUGAGGAGGAGCAGAAGUUGAUUCUCACACCGUUCGAGAGGAAUCUGGAUUUCUGGAGGCAGCUGUGGAGAGUCAUAGAGAGGAGUGAUGUCGUGGUUCAGAUUGUGGAUGCCAGGAACCCCUUGCUGUUUCGUUGCCCAGAUCUGGAGAGAUACGUGAAAGAGGUAUCGGAGCACAAGGUGAACAUGCUGCUGUUAAACAAAGCAGACUUGUUGACGCGUGAGCAGCGGCGUGUCUGGGCCCGGCACUUCGAGAGGGAGGGCGUCAGGGCGGUGUUCUGGUCUGCCAUUGCAGAGGGACUACGGCUGGAGGCAGAAGAGAAGGGUGAACCGCUGGAGGAAGAUGAGGAUAAGACGGCUUCAGAAGACGAAGAGGAGGACGAAGAGCCACACUUGCCAGCGGGUCACUUAGGCCAAAAAAGAAAGGAGAGAGAAGGGCAGAAGGAUGAGGAGGAGAGCGGGGUAUCUGACUCAGAUCAACAAAGUGGCCCGCCGUCAGAGGACGGUACAGAAGAAGAAGAAGAAGAAGACUGGCACACCUGCUCUGAGGAAGAGGGAGAUGACGACGAGCAGAGAGCAAAAAACAGACGACCACAGAGUGACCUCAAGCUCCGCAACUCCAGCCGCCUGCUGCACAAAGAUGAGCUGCUGAGCAUGUUUAAAUCUGCUCAUUCUGGUCCCACUUAUAAAGAAGGUCAGGUCACAGUGGGAUUGGUCGGUUAUCCUAAUGUGGGUAAAAGUUCCACUAUCAACACCAUUCUUAGAAAUAAGAAAGUCUCAGUCUCCGCCGUACCUGGGCACACCAAACACUUCCAGACUCUGUUUGUGGAGGCAGACCUCUGCCUGUGUGACUGCCCCGGCCUGGUCAUGCCCUCGUUCGUCUCAACCAAGGCGGAGAUGAUCUGUAAUGGCAUCCUCCCCAUCGAUCAGCUGCGGGAUCACGUCCCUGCCAGCUCCUUAGUGUGUCAGACUAUUCCUCGAGCAGUGUUGGAGGGCACUUAUGGCAUCAACAUCAUCCGACCCCGAGAGGACGAGGACCCUGACCGCCCCCCCACAUCCGAGGAGAUGCUUUCAGCUUAUGGAUACAUGAGAGGCUUCAUGACCACCCAUGGAAUGCCUGACCAGCCACGUUCAGCCCGCUACAUCCUUAAGGACUAUGUCAGUGGAAAGCUCCUGUACUGUCACCCUCCCCCUUACAUCCGUGGCAAGGACUUCCAGCCCCAGCACAGCAAGUUUGAGGAGAAGCCUCUGGACUCAGACCAGGCCUCUGGCACCGCAGGAUACAAACGGUUCGGAGUGAAAAGGAUAGAGAACACUGUGGACAAACACUUCUUCCAUCAGGAGAAUGUGCGAGCGCUGACCAGGGGCGUGCAGAUGGUGAUGGGCUAUAAGCCUGGCAGCGGGCCCCAAGGCCCGGGGACUGCCGGGGCGGAGCAGCAAGUGGGGAAGCCCUGGAAGAAACACGGGAACAGGAACAAGAAAGAGAAAAUCCGCAGACUCACCAAACACCUGGACGCAUAACUGAACUGUAACAAUGAGUGUUUUUAUCUGCUCUCAGAUUUUAUAUGAGCUCAGAUGUCCCGUCCCCCCCCCCCCCCAAAUCCUUGGAUUUGAUUUGAUUUGAUUAGAUUAAACCUGAUCAUGGUGUUUGCCAUAACAUAAAGACAGGAUAGUGUUUAAGUCAACUUGGGGUGUGUAAUCUUUCAAAUACUCUUAAGAGUACGGACAUUCCACCAUGACUGAGUUUUCAGUUCUGUUAAUCUCCUGAAUCCAUUGGAUUGAACAGAUGAAAAGAAUUUUUCAAGUCUCAAUCUCAAAUUCGUUGAUCUGACAACAAGCAACCCUGAAGAAAUUUCAGUCCUAUGGGAAUUCUUUAGAAUAUCUCCCAUCCUUUUGUAAUAGUUAUAUAUGUAUAUGCAUAUAUAUGUCCCAUACUAAGUAUAUCUAAAACUUGAUAAAAUGCAGAAUAAAUCAUACAAAUCUGGUGAAUGCACAGUAUUAUUUGCCAUUGCCAUAAUUUUGGUAAAAAUAAUAUAACAUAACAUAAACUUGGUGAUGUCCCAUUCUUUAGUUCAGGACAGUAGAUAGGACAUGUAUUCAAGAUUACUCCCUUUACAUAGUUUUUUACUUAUGUACCACUUAGUGCAAAUAAACAGGGUUGCAGUACGGAAA